AGGGCCAACUAUCAUUGCCUUGCACAAGACGGUGCCCUUUCACUUCGAGUUCUUAGUUUGUUUCUGCAAGAACCUAGCUUGUCAUAGUGAAUUGUGUAUGCAUGUCUGCUAAAACAUUUGGAAUCUACUCUAUCAACUUGAAAUACAACUAUGGUUAAAUUCUAAAUUUGUCACCGACUUCAUUCCACCCUCGGCAGAGGAAGUGAAAGAAAGGGAAGAAAACUAGAAAAGAAUGAGAGUAACUGGAAUCUGGGAGGAGGAAAAAAGAAAUGACAUGUAAUUAGUAGAAAAUGAAGUAAAUAGGUUUUCCACCCAUUUUCAUGUUGGUCAAGGUUUCUCAUUAAUUUCUCAAUUUAUAGAAAUACCUAUGCGUGCAUGUAUGUGUUGUCAUGGUAGUCACAAAUGGUAUAGACAAAGUUACAAAUCUAGAAUAUAAGUGGUAAGCACAAGCAAAUAUAAAAGUUACAUACAGACACAAAGCAAUGUGUUCAGUCGAAAUCACAAAAUCUAUCCUAAAUCUGUCUCUGGUAGUGAGUGAAUAUAUACAUAUUGUCGGAUUAUAUAUUUAUUUAGAUCCACCAAAGUUCCUAAAUGGACACACAAAUUAAUGUAUGUACUAUAUAUUAAGAAAGAGGUACAUACGUACUAUAGUCUAUAUGCAAGUUUGGUAAAUAACGUUUUGGUCCCUAGUAAAUAUUUUUUACAGGUUCCACAAUUUUGGGUAUAGGUGCAUUGGCAUGCAGGUUGACAACAUAACCACUAUUCCCUCUUUUUUCAUUUUCCUCAUUUUCUCCUCCUCCUCCUCUCUAAACUUCUUUCUCUCUCUCAUUCAUUCUGCAAUUCUCCCAUUUUUUGGCUUUUGGGUUCUUUGAUUGUGAGGAUCCAUGGAAACUAUUCUUGAACAUUCAGUUUCUCCAUGUGAGAAUACCUGCAAUAAUGCUGGUGAAGAAGAGUCAGGAGAGGAGCUUUUCAAGAUAGGACCCAAGAUGCUAUUUUGUGCUUCCUCCAUUUCUCUCACAGCCGAAGAGUUUCGAAGUCUAAGCGUGGGGGAAGAUCAUAUGGAUGAGGAUUCUACUAGAGAAGUUAUCAAGGAGGAUAAAGUAUAUGAGGAGUCGAUAAGAGAAACUUCUGCUCCAGAUCAGACCGAGUCUGAAACAACUACUUCCAAGACCAGCACUUUAGAUUCAGAUGGUUGGCAAGGAUUCAUUAAAAGACUAAAGAAAGGGCCGUCCAUACAGUUGCAUACUUUCCAUCCUACCAUUCCUUCCCUACCUUCACUACCUUCCAUAAAGAUUUUAUCCAAAAGAAAAAGUAGGAGUGCACGGCGUAGCAUGCCAAUGCUGCCUGCUCCUACUCUAGAUGCUGAUUUGCAACAUUGCUUUGAAGCUAACUGGAAGAAUUUCUCCCUCUCUGAACUUAAGCAAGCUACUGACAACUUUAGCACUGAUAACUUGAUUGGUGAGGGAGGUUAUUCUGAAGUAUACAAGGGGCUUCUCAAAGACGGCCAACCUGUGGCGGUGAAAAGGAUAACCAGAGGAUCUCAAGAGGAAAUGACGUCUGACUACUUAUCUGAGCUAGGAAUUUUAGUACAUGUUAAGCAUCGAAACGUUGCCAAUGUAAUUGGCUAUGGAGUCGAAGGGGGAAUGCACCUUGUUCUUCCUUUAUCUCCUCAUGGGAGCUUAGCUAAUAUGCUCAGUAGUGACAGAGGUAAAUUGACUUGGAACAGAAGGUAUAAUAUUGCUCUAGGCACUGCAACAGGUCUUGCAUAUCUUCACGAGGGCUGCCAAAGGAGAAUUAUCCACAGAGAUAUCAAGGCUGCUAACGUAUUGUUGACAGAAGAUUUUGAGGGUCAGAUUACUGAUUUUGGACUUGCAAAAUGGCUCCCAGAUAAGUGGACUCACCUCACUGUAUCGCAGUUUGAAGGAACCUUUGGAUACCUCCCUCCUGAGUUCUUUAUGCAUGGCAUUGUGGAUGAAAAAACUGAUGUGUAUGCUUUUGGUGUGUUACUGCUGGAGAUUGUUUCUGGACGUCCUGCUUUGGAUGAAGCUCAUAAUAGUGUUGUGAUGUGGGCAAAAUCUUUGCUCCUCAACAAGAAAAAUAGUGAGAUAGUUGAUCCAUCACUCGGAGAUGAAUAUGACUUAGAACAGCUUAAUCAGAUUCUUAUGGUUGCCUCAUUGUGCUUACAGCAAUUUUCAACAGAUCGGCCUUCAAUGAUCCAGGUUGAACAGAUGUUAGUUGCUGCUCAAGGCAUUAUACAGAGCAAGAAAAAGUUUCAAAGGUGGCCUCCCCUCAAGCGAAGAUGCGCCAUGGACCAAGAUACGCUGCUUGAAUCGCCCUAACCAAAGUUUACAGAUAAUCCAAACCAGUAAAAUCAGGUGGAACUAGAGACAUUUUCCUUGUUAGUAGUGAGGAUCUUUGAUGCGAUUGAUCACUGAUCACUCCAUAGUUAAUGUAUGCACCAUGGAGCUUGUAUCAAUCCAACUGGGACAAGAAAUUAAAAUAAGAAGAGUAAUGCUUCAAGAGUUUCAAGUUUUGACAGUAGCAGCUGCUUUCUUCAAUGAAAAUGCAGUAAAGUAUUCAGCUUCUAUGUUGAAGAAGAAAGAGAGGCCAACAUAUAGGGUGAACAUGUAAAUUCUUCUCCAGUUUACACCCUUUUUUUAGAUACAUCUACAAACUUCUGAACUAGCUAGAUAUUGGAACUAAAGCCAAUUGAUGCAUAGAACUGUGAACUGUAGAUAUAUGUGUGUGUGUAGGUGAAUUGUUAUAUACUAGAUUGCAUGUAUGUAAGCUUGGCAUGAUUUGACAUGCCCAGCAAAUAAAUAUGCAUAGUACAUUCUUCUAUUAGAAAGUGCAGAUACUGUCUAAUGAGCGGUUUAUUUAGCACUAUUGAAAGAAUUUCAGAUGCA